GCUAACAAUGGAUAAUCUCAAGGAAUUAAUUGCACCAAAAACAUUUAACAAAGUUAGCCAUGCCGCAGUUGUUAUUUGGAUCCUGAUCGGUGUAAUCUUCCUUGGCAUUUUUGCAGACGCAGAAAACGGCGAAUCCAGGUAUGAUUUCCGCUGUGGCGUGGCGAAGAGUGAAAACAUCGACCUAGUCCGUGGAAAAUGUUUCGAGUUAUACGAGAAGCAGUAUAAUAGACACGCUCUUCCUACCUAUGGCUUCGUAAUCAUGAACUUUUUCCUCAUUGGAACUGUUUGUGCUAUUUACUCCCGAAUAGUGAGCCCCACAGUCGAUCAACUGUCGCUAAGCGCUCGUAACGGUGAUCUCGAGAGACAGUCGCCCGACCAAGAGAAGGCUGGAAGAAAGCUGUUUAUCACUUACUGCUGUCAACUUUUCACGAGGAUUGUUUUAGGAGUUCUCUUUAUGGUCCUACAAACUCAGGUUCUUUAUCCUCUGGACUUUCCCUCCAGCUUUUCUUGUUAUCCAACCUCUGGCGAGAACCAGCCAAGGAAUUCUACUGGCGUCAUACAAAACUCCCCAUACGAGUGUCAUAAUCAACGAGCGACUAAGAAAAGCUCUUGGAUGCGCGCUGUCCUUAUCGUGAACGGAAUUUUUCUAUUUGGUAUUCUGAUGGAAACCGUCUAUUUAUUUCUACGUGCGUGGAAAGAAAAUAGUUUUAUGAAAAAUUCUAACUUUCUAAAAGCUCACCUGAAACCCUCCCAUGGCAACUCGCAAAAUGCUAUCACCUCGACAGAAAAAGAAGAAGGAACGAACGUCCCACAAGAACUUCACCAGGUAGAGGAAAGUAGAGACCAUGAAACGAAAAUUCCACGUCUGCCAAGCGAGCCUGAACAACUCCAAAAACCACCGCUUCAGGAAUUCAUCGAGAAUACAAAAAAAAUUAUUAAAGACGAGACAAAUCAGCCUCCCCAACUCCGGUCGCCUUUUUCAAGUACUCCCGGCGAAGGACGCCCAGCUAAACAUUUGACUCUAGAUCAGAUUUACACAAAACUUGUCGUUGUUCCAGACAGAGCCGAAUAUGACUUUUCUGGAGACAGAUGGGAGAAACUGGCAGUCUACGCCAGAUCGGGUGAGAAAAACAUAACACCUAGAGGGCUGGAGGACAUUGUCAACAACGAAGACAGAAAAGUGUUGAUUGUUGGUCGUCCCGGAAUCGGAAAGACACUUUGCUGUUCCAAAAUUUUAAGAGACUGGGCAUUUAACAAAGUAUUCCUUAAAACACCUGAUGCCAAAAUCCAUUUUGAUGCUACUUUCUUAAUCAAAUUCAGAGCNUUCAACGCGGCAACCGACCUUAGCCUCCGGGAACUGCUCACAUCGUCAGAACAUUCCCCCUCAGAUCACAUGGAUGAUGAAGUCUGGAAUUACAUCCUUGAGAAUCCCCAAAGAGUUCUCCUUAUUUUCGAUGGAAUCGAUGAAUUCAAACACAACUCAAAGAUCAGGAAGGAAAACUUCAAGCCUCAAUUCAGAAACCGCGUUGACGAGAAGAUGCCCCUUCACGGUCUUUACGAGAAGCUUGCGACUGGGAAACUUCUCAACGGAGCUGCCGUUUUGACAACUACAAGACCUACGGCUUUGUCAUGCAUCGAACGUCUUUCUUUCGACAAAGUCUUUGAGAUCCUCGGCUUCUCAUCCGAACAAGUCGAAGAGUACGUAACCAAAUUUGCUGAAGAGGACAAGUAUGCGGGCGAAACAUUAUGGCGACACGUUCGCGGUAACAUGAACGUUCUCUCUCUAUGCUACGUUCCUGCGAGUUGCUUCAUCAUUUGCUCAACUCUCUUUCAAAUGGUGAAGUUCUAUGGUUCUAAGAGUCUAAACCUACCAACGAAAUUAACAGAUAUUUACAAGAAAGCAGUGAAAAUCUUUUACUUAAGACACAACGAAGAAUUCCGCGACGAAGAUUUCACUCGUGAAGACUUUGAAUCGGACGAUUUGCCCCUUGACGUUGAAAAGAAGUUCGAGAAACUGGAAAAAAUGGCAUUUGAAGGAAUUAGAGAUGGAAAGCUAAUCUUUGGAGGAAACGAAGUACGCGGAAUGAAAGGUAGCGCUCUCUUUCACCGCUUACCCGACCGUGAAACUGCCCCGUUAAAACGUGAACAACAAUUCUGUUUCAUUCAUUUAACAGUGCAGGAGUUUUUCGCUGCAAGGCACCUGGCAAACAUGAGUGAAACAGAAUUAAGGAACUUUGUUUCAAUGAACAUAGAGGACGGCAAAUGGCAGCUGGUUUUUCAGUUUCUAGCAGGACUAAUGAACGAGAAAGAAAAACUACCUAGCGAAAUCAUCACAGACCUUCUUCCUGUGGAAACUGAAGUGAGAGAAAGCCACGAAGAGUGGACAGAGGAAACGAGGGGAAGGAAAGUAACUUGUUGGCCGACUAAAGAUAAAAACGGUUUAGCAGUGACAUUAUUUAAAUGUGCUAACGAAAGUAGUGAGAUGGAGGAAAUAGUUCAGAGAAAACUACAACAAAUUAAUUUUAAUUUUGUAAAGUUUAAUUUUUGUCAACUCACACCUGUUGAUGGUGCUUCAUUAGUUACUGUAAUUAAGAAUGUUCAACAAAUUUCACAUUUAGAAUUGGCCGACAAUAACUUUGGUCCAUUAGGUUGUUUUGAGAUUUGUAAGUUGUUAAAAUGUAGUAAAUCUCAACUGAGCUGGUUAAACCUCGCAGCAAAUCAAUUGACAGACGAAGGAGCAAAGUAUUUAGCUGAAGCUAUCAACAACAACAACUGUCAGCUUAGCACGUUAGGUCUCUGGGGAAAUGACAUCUCAGACAUUGGAGCGCAGCUCUUAGCUAAAGCCCUCAACAACAACUGUCAGCUACGCGCGAUACUUCUGUCAAGAAAUAACAUCACAGCCACUGGAGUACAGCACCUGGCUGAAGCCAUCACUAACAACAACUGUCAGCUACGCACGUUACACCUUGAAGAAAAUAACAUCUCCGACAUUGGAGCACAGCACUUGGCUAAAGCCAUCAACAACAAAAACUGUCAGCUACGCACGUUAAACCUCCGGGGAAAUAACAUCUCAGACAUUGGAGCACAGCACUUGGCUGAAGCCAUCAACAACAACAAUUGUCAACUACGCACGUUAAGCCUCACAGAAAAUAACAUCUCAGACAUUGGAGCACAGCACUUGGCUGAAGCCAUCAACAACAACAACUGUCAACUACGCACAUUAAUCCUCUCAGGAAAUAACAUCUCAGACAUUGGAGCACAGCACUUGGCUGAAGCUAUCAACAACAAAAACUGUCAGCUACUCACGUUAUACCUCACAUUAAAUCAUGACAUCACAGAGGCAGGUAGACGACACGCAGAGAAUUUAAUUAACAAUAGUCAGUCUAACUGUCGCCUUUUUAUAUAGCAUCGCUAAUUCACAAAUAAUUGUUAAAACUGGAAAAAAGAUUAUCUUAUCCAUUUACAAUUCAAGAUGUGAGGUAACCAGCUCAGCG